AUUAAUUUAAAAAAAUAUGCCAGCCUCAUUUCCCUGUGUGCUGAAAACUUAUUAAGCAUGUUAAAUAUGUCUUGGUCGUUGAAUUUUAAUGUAAUAAUAAUAAUACGUAUUAUUUAUCACCAGACCUCAAAAUUUCCUAUUUUGUCGUAAAAACUACAAAUCCCAGCAUGCACCACGAGUGCCGGUUAUAUCCUAUUUUAUACAGUCUAUGGUUAUAUCACGUGACGUGACUGCCGCCGCAUGUAAACACUGUGAGGACGCCGCUGUUUACAAACACUCAGGACUCAGUUUCUGCGUGAACGCUGCUGAUUGUGGAGAGAUUUAAACACGGGACAGGAUGGAGAUUGAAAACUGUCAGAGUUUCUUCGGAGAUAUUGGCUGCUGGUCAGAGAGAACAGAGGUCCACAAGGCGGCGUCUCUGGGUCAGGCGUCCCAGCUACAGCACCUCAUAAAGAACGGCGCAUCGGUCAACGUGUUUGCUGUGGACUCCAUGACAGCGCUGCACGAAGCCUGCCUCGGUGGUAAGACCCAGUGUGUCCGUCUGCUGCUGGAUGCCGGAGCCCAGGUGGAUGCGAGGAAUGUAGACGGGAGCACCCCGCUGUGUGACGCCUGCUCAGGUGGUAGUUUGGACUGUGUGAGACUCUUGCUAGAUCACGGUGCCAAAGCCAACCCUGCACUCACCUCUCGCACGGCCUCCCCGCUCCACGAAGCCUGCAUGGGAGGUGAGGACAUGAAGGCUGACACAUUUCUAAACUCAACAUUCCUCUCAGAAAAUAAAAGACUCUUCGUUUUCUCUUUGUUCUUUUCAGGAAACUCCGACUGUGUGAAGCUCCUGAUUUCCAUGGGGGCUUGUUUGGAGGCGUACGAUCUGUACUACGGGACCCCGCUUCACGUAGCGUGUGCUAACCGACACACAGACUGCGUGAAAGUGCUGCUGAAUGCAGGUGCUAAAGUAAACGCUACAAGGCUCCACGAGACCCCGUUGCACCACGCUGCUAAAAGCAUGCGAGUGGAGAUGAUCAAGAUCCUACUGGAGUUCGGAGCCAACAUCCACGCCAGAGAUCAGUACGACCGGAGACCCGUGGAUUACACCACGCCAGGCUCGCCUGCUGCAGCCUGCCUGAAGUUCUAUGAGACCGCUCCGAUGAGUCUGCAGCAGCUCAGCAGGUUGGUGUUGAGGAACAGUCUGGGCACCAGAGCUCUGGAAGCUGUUCAACACCUGGAGAUCCCAAAACUCCUCAUCAGCUUCCUCUGCUACCAGUGACUGCCGGCUGCAGGAGGACGGACUUUUACUCAGAGACUGGAGAAUCAAAGCUGCUGACAGAAGCACAGAGAAGGUGCCAACAUUUAAGUUAAUAUGAGUGCAAACACUUACUGAUUUAUGGUCCUUUAUAAACCAAAACAAAUCCGUUCAUCAAGCUCAGACUCGUAAAAGAAUCAUUAAUAAUUUAUUUAUGUAUUUUCAUUUGUAGAGUUAGACAUAAACAUCAGAAUCAGUGUUUUUAAACCCUUUAAAUGAUCGGGUGUGCAGAAGCAGGUGAUGUCACAACCUGUCCAGAGUUUUUCAUGUGCACAGAUGUUGGAAAGAGGAACUGUAAACACUAAAAGCUGACCCUGAACAAAUCGUGUGAUCUGACUCACAGGAUGAAGACGCUGUGUAUCAGCCUGACACAAGCUGUUAAAUUCCCUCCCUCUCUGCUGUGUGCAUGUUGAAGAUUUCUAAAAUACACUGAAACAGCAACAAUGACAGUGAGCCAGAAAUCGAGGUGGUCAAAAAAAUAUUUAAACUAUGUAAAGAAAGAUCUGGUUCACGCAAAGCCGAAUGUUUCUGCAGCAGCAACUUCCUCAACUCCCUGAUGGAUAGAAAAUAAGUCUUAAUAAUCCAGCCACAACCUCCCCAUGUGCAGAUAAUCCCGGAAACGUCUCACAAAAUUUAGCUGGAGCACAUCCAAGAUGAAUCUUAUUGGUUUAUAGAUUUGAACGUGGGAAUUGUGAUUGCGAUCAGGGGUCUCAUUUAUAUUGCCAGAUCCCUUCCUUUUAGAAUUCCAAAGUGUGGUCGGCCAUUUUUCUUUGCAAAGUGGCAGCAAAACAUUUUUGAGACUGAGACUUCAGUGAAUAAUGUCUUAGUAUAAGUUCUACUUUGUUAUAUUUUAUGUGCAUGUCCAAAGCAACACUCACUAGUUCACAGUGAGCUAUAAUGAUGAGUGAUCCUCAAAGUGAGAGUGUGGCCCCCUGGUGGGCUCUGAAGGAACUGCAUAUGUCCCUUUGACGUUCUUUAAAAUAAACAAACUUUUAAUUUAGAUUUCUUUUCUUGCAAAUACUCUUAUAUAUAGACUGUUGGUGAUAUUUGGAAGUACUUUAUAUGAGUCUGAUGAAAUAACUGAUUUGUUUAACCUGCUGAUACUAAAACAAGAGUCUAACUUUGGCUUCCUCUGGCUGCGUUCAGUAAACAUGAUGAGCAUGUAGUGAGAGGUUUUGCUUUUAAAGAUGGGGUUAUUAUUGUCUCAGGAGUAACUGUUAUAUAACCCUAACUGUAAACUUCAGAUAUAAAAUUCUUAAAUGGAGUUUAACGUUUGCUGAUCACUUAAAUAGAAGUCUGACUGGCACCACAUGAGAGGCCUAGAGUAUUUAUUUAAACAAAGUGUCAGAGCUCAGAGAGGAAGGAGACAAGUGGCAUCAUUUUGUAAUGGAAGCAACAUUAAUCAUUGUUUGUCGCUGCACUGAAACGUUAACACGCGCACAUUUCCUGGAUAUCUUCAGUUUCUAGCAUCCAGAGGAAUUCAAAGCAGCUUUCAGGGUGACAAAACCCAGAGAUCGUCCAGACUGUUUCUCCACUCAGUCUGUUUACAGAGCGCUCAUGAGGUCUCAAUAUUUUUAGCGGAAGUGUUUAUGGAUUCCUCAGAGAGCUUGAGGUUUGCUAUUUUGGCUCUUUUCUGAGCUGUUUUGGAAGUUGCAUAAGUUUGAUCCACAGAGGUUAAAUCAGGGCAAACAUAAAGAUGGACUCCUUCAAAUCAAAGUUGCUUUAAAGCUGUGGUUUAUUUUAGUGAAGGUGAGACCUCUGACUGUGUUUCCACUGUAUUUGGAAGUGGAAGCAAUGAGUCUCAAACUUGCGUUCUAGCUAAUGACCAGAAGAGGGCGACCUCACUGGAUUCAAAUAAUCGUUUGAUUGUAAAGGAGCAAAUAAGAAAAGACACAUUUCUUACAAAAGUUAAUUCAUGAGUUUAUUUCUAUUCCUUAAAUCAAUGAAUCAAUCUUUGUUUAGUAGUUGUAGCAGCUGGAGUCUGGCACGUCCACAGCAGCAUGCCAUACGCCAGAGAUCCAGAGGAACAUACGGGACAAGGGAGCUCAGGGACUCCAGAAAGGUCUAUGGUUAGUAACUUUAAUGGGACAGGAAGAGUUAAAGUAAGAGACAGGCAGACAGAGGAGAAAGAGGGAAAGACAGGAUCCCAGUGUGUCAGUUUAAGCCUAUAGCAGCAUAACUAAGAGCUGGUCCAAACCUGAUCCAGCUCUAACUAUAAACUUUAUCAAAAAGGAAAGUUUGAAGCCUACUCUUAAAAAUAGAGAGGGUGUCUGCCUCCUGGACCCUGACUGGUAGAUGAUUCCAAAGGAGAGGGGCCUGGUAACUGAAGGCUCUACCUCCCAUACUACUUUUAGAGACUUUAGGUACGAUGAGCAGGCCUGCAUGUUUGGAGCGUAGUGUUCUAGAGGGGUAAUAGGACACUAUGAGCUCUUUACGAUACAAAGGUGUCUGACCAUUAAGAGCUUUGUAGGUCAGAAGAAGGAUUUUAAAUUCUAGUCUAGAUUUUAUGGGGAGCCAGUGUAGAGAAGCUAAUACGGGAGAGAUGUGCUCUCUCUUCCUCAUUCUUGUCAGUACUCGAGCUGCAGUGUUUUGGACCAGCUGAAGAGUCUUUAGAGGCUUAUUAGUGCAGGGAAUGAUUCAGGGCGGGGCUACCUCUCCUAACCCUGCCUCUCGCCAAAGGACAGCUGGGAUCACCUCCAGCUUCUCAGGAGUCUUGACAGGAUAGGGUGCAGAUUACAGAUGAAUGUAUUGUGAAUACAGAUCCUCCUUGCUGACCAAGCUAGAGCUGUCAUAUUGAUAACUUGAUAACUUAGCAUUUUCCAUAUACGGUAUAAAACAUGGAUGUAGUCUCUGUGACGUCACCUGUUGGUUUCUGAAGAGGAGUUUGAAGCCCAAUGAUGGUGUUCAAAAUGCUGACUCAUCCUAACUUUCAGUCAACCCAGAAUAAAUAAAAUUCGUGGUGUUGUUGAGGUGGAGUUGAAGCGGUUUUGAGCGUCCAAGCUGGCAGCUACACAAGUCUUCCGUCCUGAUAUCUUCAAAACUGACGAGUAAAUAAAACAAACUUCACGUCGCAGUGUUUACGAAUUAAGGAAUGAGCGAUGCAGACCAAAACCAGGCGGUGAAUUUAUUUAGCUUAGCUUUAAAGGCGGGCUUUAACCCUCAAUUUAUACACGCUGAGCAUUUCUGUGGUUGAAUUUCUGCUCAUUUGGAUAGUAUUCCCUUACUUUGUGCUUUAAUCAUCACAGAGUAUGCUGCAUAACUAUAAAGUUUUGUUUCUGCAGGUUUAGAUGAGUUUAAUAUGAAUAAUUCUGCUCUAUUUUGUUGUCCUGUUACCUUCUUACACAGUAAUCAUAUUAAAGUCCUGUUGUAGUUGACCUGGAUCACGGAUAUCUGGCUGUUUGUAGCUUACAUCCAUAAUCAAUGAGUAUUUCUGAUCUAAACGAUCUUUAAACGAUCAGGAGUCUGUAUAUGGUGUUUUAUUUUGAAAUUGGCUGAUGUUGCAUGUGAUCCUCGUGCCUCACUUCCUGUCCAGGUCGUUCUUUUCUGUGCAGUUGACGCAUGCUGGGCAUGGGCUCUGUCGAAAAUAGACUCGAAGCGUACCUCUGGGGGAGAGGCGCGGGGGCAAGUUCCCGAGACGGAGCUGAAAUGCACUGCAGCACUCCCUGUGUACGCGUGAGCAUUGACUAGAAUGGGAACGUAACGCGACGCUGCGCAUCCUGUAUAAAGUUGGGGUAAGGACUCUUGUGUUUUUGGAGCCAGCCUCUCGUGGAAACUAACGAAACUGCAGCUUUUGCACUACAGAAUUGACUUCACUUUUCAACAACCCUCUCUCCUCUCUAGCUCCUCCCUCUUGUCCAAAUAUGGUUGCGUCUGGCACCAAAAAAUAAGGCCAAAUGUCAAGAAAGUCUUAUUAUUUCUGUCAACUUUCUUCUUCCUCCUUUCCUCAUCUGGCAGUCUUAACUCCAGCUGUUUCACCUCCAUGGCAGUCUGUCUUUAACAUUUAAUGAUUUACAUUUACACAUCAAGGGUCUUGUACCUUUUGCCUCAUUUUCCCAUUUGAGGAUCCUCUUUAGUAUAGAAGACAUCAAACAGAGGAGACAGAGAGAGACAUGCAACAAAAGCUUUAUGCAGCAAUGCUGUAACAGGUCAAGAUGUAAAAGCACUCUGUACACCCUGAAGUUCCUGCUCUCAAACUGAAGCACAAACAGUAAAAUGUGUGUAAGCAAAGAGAAGUGAGCAUAAAGUCGACUUCUCUGUCCUCCCUCUUUGAUGUAAAACAUAAACACGGUCCACGUGCAGUCUCCUGACUUCACCCUGCAGGAUUUUAGGGAUUAAAGUUCUGAUUUCAAAACCUUUCUCAUCUAUCUGCCAGAAGGAAGGCGAGAGGUCGUGUCAGCGCUCUCUGAAGCCUGCACCUGCUGUGUGCUGUUUGUCUUUUGGAUCUUUGCACAUCAUGCUUCAUGCUUUCUUCAUCCAAAUCUCUCGGUUUCCUCCCAUCACUGGCUCGCUCCCUAAACGUGCCCGAGCUGCACGAUGCUGGCCUGAACACUCGGCUCGUCUGUGGCACGCCGUAAACAUGCCAAACUGAAGCAAUUUGCUUUUGCAAAAUACAUCUUCCAUCAAAUGUUGAUAUUAUGACUAGCUUUCAUGAAACAGAAACGCAGCCAGGUCAUCAAAGUCUCAUGCUGUAAAUACUCCAGGCACAGAUCUUUCUUUCUUCCCACAGCCUCUCUAAAGACUUUAAAUGUCUGACCCUGAAACAUCUUACUCUCUGAACUGAGGUCUUAAAAUAACUCCCACAAAACAUGAAUGUUUCAAAGCGUUACGAGGCUGCAGGGAGAGACUGGAAAAAACAGAGGAGAGGAGCGAAGGCAUGCAGAGAAUUUCCCGUUAUCUAAGAUGAGAAAUGCUCCUAAAUAGGGAUGAUGAACUUCAGGGUGAAGAAAGAGCGGUGGUUUCUUUUGAAACUCUCCUCCAGGUCCGACAGUUCUCUCUGUUUCAUUAUUUUGUCUUAAUCUGCUUAAAUACAUCAGGUUUAUUCUCCUCAGAUGUUCACAGAAGCUGCUGAAUCAUCCCUCAAAAUGUGUCAUGAAUAUUUAUCUUAUUAACUGUACAGAAGUUUUGCUGUGACUGUAAUGAAUAUGUUGAUUAUUUGAAUAAAUCGUAAUCUUGA